GCGCGUCAAAAUGGAGGACUAGGUUACCAAAACAGAAAUUUACCGCGAAAAUGACAGCAGUUAGCACAGAAAAUGCAUUCUCGGCAUUUGAAAAACAACUUAGAACUUUAUGCUUAAGAGAAUUUCCUUGUGGAACGGGUUCAUGGAGAGAAACUAAAACAAAAAAUCUUCAGCUUCUUAAAUCAAAAGACAAUGUGGAUAGUCGGUUUUCUGUGACAUUAAAAGAUUUUGGUGCUAGUCAUGAAAAGACAGAACAAUUAGAAGAAUAUGUGACUUCAAAGUACUCCCCAUGGCAUUUGGAUUAUAGCUGGAGCAAAGAAGCUAGGAAACUUCGCGAGUUAGCUGUAAAAUCCCCAUGGCUUAUUGAUGACAAUUUCAUUCUCAGCUUUUUCAAAACACUUAGAAUAUGUGAUAAAAAUGUAACAGAAGUAGAUGGAAAUCUACUGAAAUUCAAGGAUCUAGAGGAAUUGACACUAAGUGCCAACAAAAUCAUUACAGUCAACUCAAAAAAUCUACCACCUUCUCUUAAAGUUUUAGAAUUGUGUGCCAAUCAAAUUAGUGAUAUAUCUGCAUUAUGUGUCCGCCCUCCUCCAUUGAUUCAUUUAGGAUUAGGAUCCAACAAAAUCUCUUUCAUAGGGGAUUACCUCACUGGAGAUUACUGGCCCAACCUACUAUCUUUAGAUUUAAGCCAUAAUAAUUUAAGUGAUCUCCUGGAUGUAAUUAGAAAACUUGGAUCCCUGCCUAAGUUACGGAACCUUAUUCUCCAAGGAAACCCCUUAUCUUUGAUUCCUGGGUAUCGUGGCUAUACAAUAGACAGUUUACGGAAACUCAGUAUUCUUGAUGACAUCAUGAUAUCUGCUGACGAAAAACAUCAUUACAAAGGCCUCGCCAGAAGGAGAGAAUACAUCUUAGAUGAAGCUAAAGUGUCAUUAGAAGUCACAUACAUCAAGGGUGUGCCAAUGCCAGAGGAAUUGAAGAAUCCUGAAGAUCAACCAGAAUUCCCCAAAAUAGAGAGGAAGUAUUUUGUCCAAUUCAUGUUUCCUCAAGACGUGUCCCAGAAAGCAGAAAUUUUCCAAAUCACAGAUAACGACUUAGCUGGAUUGUCUCCCAUGCCAAUGUCCGAGAGGUCACAGUUCACACCCCAACCAACUAGUCCAAUACCUGAGGAGCAGGAAAUACGCUCAUACUCACAACAGAGUCAGAACACGGAGGCCGUCAAAAACGUCAACUUCACUGCUCAACCAGAGGUGGUAUCAGCAAGGGAACCAACAGCUGAACAUGAGCGGCCCCCGGAUGAGAUCCCCUUCUCUGUGACCCCCAAACAAAGCGAGGCUGUGGACCAGGAGGAGGAGGAGGAGGAAGACAAAACACAGAUCCAGCUGGAGCCCAUUAAAUCUGAGGGUGGGCUCUGGGCCGAGGAGAUCGAGCUUAACUGGUCACAAGUUGCUGUCAGGGAUGAACUUCUGACCCUGCGAAACUUUCUCAAACAAGGAAUGGAUUUUUCAGUGGUUGAGGAAUUGGUCCUUUGCUAUCAAAAUGAUGACCCGUCUGACCCAGGCACACCAACAGCCAAAAGCAAGGAAAAGAAAGACGCCAAAGACACCAAAAAAUCAGAUAAGAAGGAAGAGAAAGGAAAAGGAGGGAAAGAGGAAAAGAAAGAUGAUAAGAAAGGAGGGAAAAAAGGGAAGAAAGAGCCAGAGAUGGAGUUGAAACGAAUGCCUGCCACCUACACCACGCUCGCCACGUGGCACAUUCCACUGGUGGAUUUCCUGGAGGGAGAGUAUGAAUUCCGGUCCGUCUUCACUCAGGGUGGAGUGGAGGUGGCUUCUACCGUGAAGAGUAUGGAAAUUAACAAAAAAGAUAAGGACAAGAAAAAACCUGGAUCCUCCAAACCAAAGAAAGACGAUAAAGGAGGAAAAGGCAGCGCAAGAUCUCGAUCAAGGGAAAAAACUCCCAGUUCAGUGAGCUCACGUAUGACAAGUACCAGAAUUAGACUUUAGAUUACAUUAGUUUUAGCCUGCUGAUUAGUCAGUGUUAGGCUCCACUGUGACAUUAGAAUUCAUUAAUUGGUUAGUUUAUUGUUC